UUUCCUGGUUGAAUCCUGGGUCCAUUUUGGCCAGUUUUUCAGGUAGGGAGGUCAGACAUGUGUUUACUUUUGAAAUCCAGAAAGAAAUGGUGACCUUUGCCAUUGGUGGUGCUAUAGAAUUACAUGUUUUGGGAGGGGGUUUUCCAGCACAAGUCGUGUGUUUCUAUGCUGCAGGUUCAAAGGUCAGUGGUUGUUUACAUUUAAAGGGCUCUAGCGCUUUAACAGGCAGGAGUCGAAGCCGGGCUUUUUCCAAAAACGGCAACUAGACAUGUUUAGCUGUCCAGUGGAUGGAAUUUUUGGGACCUUGCAAUUCUGAUCUGAAUCAACUGUACGUGAUCAUGUCUGCCACUCCACCAGCCCCUGCAAUCAAGACCAUCGAAGGAGCACCCAAGGAGGCGGCCCUGCGCACCCUCACCCGGUGCACUGGCUACAGCCUCGUCCAGGAGAACGGCCAACGUAUCUAUGGCCGGCCCCCGCCUGGCUGGGAGGGACCUGCCCCACAGCACGGCUGCGAAGUCUUCGUCGGCAAGCUUCCCAGAGACUUGUACGAAGAUGAGCUGGUACCCGUGUUUGAGAAGAUCGGACGGAUCUUCGAGCUGCGGCUGAUGAUGGACUUCAGCGGGUCCAAUCGAGGCUACGCCUUCGUGGUGUACACCAACAAGGAGGACGCCAAGAACGCUGUCCGACAGUUGAACAGCUACGAGAUUCGUAAAGGCCGCUUCAUCGGGGUGAUCAAGAGCGUGGACAACUGCCGACUCUUUGUCGGAGGAAUCCCCAAGAACAAAACGAAAGACGACAUCCUGACGGAGAUAGCAAAGAUCACCGAGGGGGUGGUGAACGUAAUCGUGUACCCGAUGGUCACAGACAAAACCAAGAAUCGUGGAUUUGCGUUUGUCGAAUACGAGAGCCACCGGGCUGCAGCCAUGGCGCGCAGGAAGCUGAUCCCAGGCCGGAUCCAGCUGUGGGGGCAUCAGAUCGCCGUGGAUUGGGCCGAGCCGGAACCGGAGGUCGACGAAGAAGUCAUGAGAAAGGUCAAGGUGUUAUACGUCCGCAACCUGAUGUUCACAACAACAGAGGACGCAAUCAAACAAGCCUUCGAGGUGGGGGAAGAAGAAACUGUGGCCAGAGUGAAAAAAAUCCGUGACUACGCGUUUGUCCACUAUAAGACGCGAGAAGACGCCCUGGCAGCCAUGACAGCCAUGAACGGAAAUCUCCUGGAAGGUGCCAAGCUCGAAGUGACUCUCGCUAAGCCGGUGGACAGAAACACGCGGCGGGCUCGGCAGAUGAACGAUCAGAGCUUCAUGAUUCCCCCUUUCCUCCCUCCGAUGUACCAUCAGUUUGAUCCGUUAGGGGCCCCGAUGAUGGGCGGUCUGGGCGGUAUGCCCCCUAUGGGGGGAAGGGGUCGAGGGGCUGGGUGGAUGAGGGGAGGGGGUGGUUGGCAGGGGAUGGGCAGGGGGUUCUACAGGGUUCUACACACCCAGGCCCCACCGGGAAGCCCCAGUAAGUCUGCUGUACAGGUGCUUGAGGAGCUGUGCAGGAAAAAUCAGUGGGGAAACCCCAUGUACACCCUCCAUUCCACCUCUGGGCAGAACAGACAGCUUUUCUUCUUUAAAGUGAACAUCCCAGGCUACAGCUCAGGUUCUCCUGGCCCUAAUACCCCCUUCACACCUAAUAAACUAGCCCCCAAUCCAGACGACGCUAAACAGUGCGCAGCAGAAUACGUCCUGAUGCAGCUUGGCAGCCGAUACAAACAGCAAGAAAUCAGAAAGAAACGUUAAAAUGUUUUAUGACUGCUUACAAGUUAGUUUCCAUUUUCACUCUUUUUUUUUUUAAACAAAGCUACAGUCAAACCAAUAUUUGUGUUAGUUGACUGUGGAUGAGUGCAGAUUUCUGGUACUACACUUAAAUCAGCAGUACAUCCCAUAGCAAGGUCAAGAUGUUAACAAGAUGACAAGCAGCAAAUUCAUCACCCCUCGGGGCCUUUCUUACACAGCCACUGCACCAUACAAUAAUAAGUCACCCAAAAAGCAGAGACCUAUAGUAUUUCUACAUUCUGACACCAGAAAGCAUCAGCUGAAGUUGAUCCACUGUAAACUCAAAGUCGAAUCACUGAUGACCAUUUAACGGAGCCUUUUAGCUGCUUGAGUCACUUCCCAUUUUAAACUGACAACGUACAGUACUGUACUGUGUAUGUCCUUUUAGCAAGAUAACAGAGUCACACUGACAUGGGACGGCUUUUAGACACACUAGCUAGGGCACUGCCAGACAAGUAGGAAUUAGAAAACCAAAGCACAUCUGUACACCUGUUAAACUUAAAGUGUAAUGGGCUUAUGUCUUGACCCACCUUGAUUUUGAAGUUGAUUUUGUUCUUUGCUUAAAUAUCAUUCAGGUAGUCUUUUCUCAACCAUAUUCCAGUUACUUGUGAUUUCUAUAAUUGUAAUUUAGAAAAGACAAUUAUGAAGGAUGUGGUCUUUUUCACGUUUGAUGGCAUAACUUGUGCAUUUCUGCUUUCUUUUUUAUUAAUUUUAAUUCUCAAGCACCACUCUUAAUCAACUUUUGUGCUUAUUGAGUGUAAGACUUUUUUCUAGAGCAUAGCGUGUUAUUGCUGUGUCGACUUGUUUUCAAGCACCUUUUGGUAUAUCGAAAUCAAAACACAAAGAGUCGUAAUUACGAAUUCUCCUAGAGAAAAAUUGCAGAUUCUAAAUUCCACAAGAAGAAGUUCAAGUUUCAAACAAUUUUUUCAACUUAUAGUGACUCCACUGUUAGUGAACAUGGCUCUAAGAAAACUUUAAAAUGUUGUGAGAGAUGGAAGCAGAAAAUUAACCACAUGUAUUUGUAGGGCACAAAUGUUGUAAACACUCAACUGGGUAACUUGAAGGAAGAAGCCCCACUUUAUGCAGAGUAAGCUGUCUGUGGUUCAGGAUUAGUCAGGAAUGUGAUUGUUGUUUGGGAUAUCCAAACUAUGCUGGCAGAACUUCAACUGCUUGAAACCCUAGGCUGACUAAAUCUGCGCUCCUAUCGGCCGGCCCGGUAUUACACCAGCCGCCCCUGGUGUAAUACUGGGCCGGCCGCUAGGAGCGCAGAUUUAGUCAGGCUACUUGAAACCCCUAAUGUGCAUCGUACUGAGCAUCCGUAUGUCAGGGUCGUAUUAGCUUUUUUAGGGAUGACAUCCCACCUAUGGGUUUCAUAUAUGCAACAGACAAAAUUCUGAUGCAACUCUGACAAAACAUCUAGAAGAAAAUCCAGGUUUCACACAGGUGCAGUACGUUCUGCCAGUGAUGGGAAAUCCUACUGUGAAUGUAUUUACAGUUAAAGCAAUUCAAGAAUGGUUUCAAGCUACUAUCACCUAUUUAUAUUCCUGCUGACUUACUCUGUGAAUAGCCGGAUGGGUUUAUGUGAGGGAGACGGUUGAAUAUGUGUAUCCAACUUUCCAGCUUUCUAACAAUGACGAGAAUCAUGCGUAGACAUUCAGGGUUGAUGAAGAACCAUAAGAGAGGAGAGUCAGAGGUAUUGAGCUUGUGUUGCAUUGUGUAACUGUAUACAGCUAUGCAAGGUUACCGGUCGCCUUAAAAUUGACAAAAUCAUGUUCGGCAAUUUGUGGUUGAUGAAGAAAAGUCCUCAGGUUGCAUGUUGACAGCAUCUUUAGAUGCUGGUAUGUUCAAGUUCUUUCUGUCGGUCACAGAGAAGAAAACUUUACAGCUUGGCUGUGUGGAACUUGGCUAUGAAAGUAAAAAUAGUUCUAUUUGUAAGUGUUGGGACAUGUUACAGACCAGUAGAGUUAGCAGACAGCUUUGUUGAUAGCUCUGUUUUGCAUAUUGUUUUUGAGUUAUUGAUUAAAAAAAUGAUCUAUCAUAUUUGUUAUUUUGGAAUAUCGAAUGGCAGAGUAAGUCCAUGAUUUCAGAAAAAAGUGUAAAGUUGAUCAUAAUUGGAAACUGUAUAAUAAGAGUGACACUCAUAAAGCCACUGGCUAAUGUUUCUAUUCAACAUGUGUUCAUUAUAAAGAGUGUGUCGGAUGAUAUUGUUGCUAUGUUAAGUUUCUUGUUACCUGUUCACAGAUUCAAGUUCGUGAUUCUUUGUAUCUAGAAAUGUUUUAAAGUUCUGAUGUUCUUGGUUGACUGUGUAUUGAAGUCUUGAGCUGAAGAAAAUCGGGUUCACGUCACAAUUGCUGGGGACAGACCAGUUGAAAUGUUUAGAGAAUAUGCAGUUACAACAUCAAAGCAGGGUGGAAAUUAAUAGAAAUGUCAAACUGCUUGAAGUUUUAGUGUUUCAGAAUAGGGUAUGUUGGAGUUAGACAAUGUUUUUGAAACAGAAAUUAUGAAAAAUGUACCAUUGUCCUAAUAAUAGGGAAACUACAUGGAUACCGCCCCAGCAAAUGUCACGCCCACUUUGAUAUGUAUAAAUUAAUUAACCUUCAACCUGCUAAGGUAGCUGUUGGUCACCAAAGUUGUUUUGGUGACCAGGUUAGUCAGCGGGGUGAAGGAUAGUUCAACUGUUAGACUUGACAGAAGAUAAAGCAUGAAUCAUUUGGAAUUAUGAAAAAUAAUAAAAGAGCCCUUAAUUCAUGAGUAAGAUGAUUAGCCUAUAGAGGAAUUUGUUAUGCAAAAACAAAUACCUCAAGUUAAUGAAACUGUUAUUAGCACUAUAAUAAGAGAUAUUUUGAAUUACCUCAAU